AUGGAUAUGAAUGAGAGAAGCAUUCGUCCUGAUGCCCAUGUUUACAACACUCACAUUUAUGCCUUUUGCACUCACAACAAUCUAACAAAAGUAUUUUUGUUGGUGAGGGAAAUGAUGGAUAAAAUCAAAGAGCAAACGUCGUACACUCACACUAUCAUGUUGCAUGCACUUUGUGAAAAGGGUAGGAUGGAACAAGCUUAUGCACAAUUGAGUGCGAUGAUUAAAGAUGGUGUGUUUCCCGAUGUUGUAACUUGCAGUGUUUUGAUUCAAGACCUUGGACUCAGCUCUGAAGUUCAAUACCCCUAUGAAGGUGUUGACGGAACAUGCAAAACAAACAAAGCAUCCACCCAUGCCGUUACCAUUACCGGGUAUGAAGAUGUCCCUGCCAACAAUGAUGAACUGCCACUACAAAAAGCUAUGGCAAAUCAACCAAUUUCUGUAGCCAUUGAUGCUAGUGGGUCUGACUUUCAAUUUUACAACAGCGGUGUCUUUACUGGUUCAUGCAGCACUGAGUUGGAUCAUGGUGUCACCGCAGUUGGUUAUGGUAUCGGUAAUGAUGGAACCAAGUAUUGGUUGGUUAAGAACUCGUGGGGAGCUGAUUGGGGUGAAGAAGGAUACAUUAGAAUGCAAAGAGCAAUUGAUGCUGCUGAAGGACUUUGUGGCAUUGCAAUGCAAGCAUCUUAUCCUACCGCUUAA